CCCGGCCGGGCGGGGCAGGCGCGGCGUGGCGCAGAGCACGGGACGCCGGUUGUUGCCGCUGCUUCGCCUCCCGCCGGGCCCGUGAAGAUGGCGCGCUUCGCCCUGACCAUUGUCCGGCAUGGAGAAACAAGAUUUAACAAGGAGAAAAUAAUUCAAGGACAAGGAGUAGAUGAACCUCUUUCAGAAACUGGAGUUAAACAAGCAGCAGCUACUGGUGUAUUUCUGAAUAAUGUAAAGUUUACUCAUGCCUUCUCCAGUGAUCUUAUUAGGACACAGCAGACCAUGCAUGGGAUUUUGGAGAAAAGCAAAUUUUGCAAAGAUAUGACAGUAAAUUAUGAUUCAAGACUUCGAGAAAGGAAAUAUGGGGUUGCAGAAGGCAAGCCUCUAAGUGAGCUAAGGGCAAUGGCCAAAGCAGCUGGGGAAGAAAUUCCUGUCUUUACACCACCAGGAGGAGAGACAUUAGACCAGGUGAAAAUGCGUGGAAAAGAUUUUUUUGAAUUUCUUUGUCAACGAAUCCUGAAAGAAGUAGGUCUAAAAGAACAGUUUUCUCAAGGAGCUCCAAGCAAAUGUCUAGAGACUUCUUUGGCAGAAAUAUUUCCUUUAGGAAAAAACUGUGGCUCUGAAUUUAAUUCAGACAGCGGUACUCCAGGAUUAGUAGCCAGUGUCUUAGUUGUGAGUCAUGGUGCUUACAUGAAAAGCCUGUUUGGUUAUUUUCUGACUGACCUUAAGUGUUCCUUACCAGCAACUCUGAGCAAAUCCGAACUUAUGUCAGUUAGUCCCAACACAGGGAUUAGUCUCUUUAUCAUAAACUUCGAGGAAGGAAGCGAAGUUUUACCAAAAAUUCAGUGUAUUUGUAUGAACCUACAGGAUCAUCUACAUGGAGUGACUGAAACUCACUAAGUUUAAAUCUAUAUCGAAAUCUAACAAUUUCGAGCCUCUGAGGGAGUGCCUUUGGCUUUAUUUAUUUCUGUCGUCUGCUAAUGCUGAUUUAGAAACAGUUAAAAAAACAGAUUAUAAAGCUCCAGUGAAAUCAUAGCCGCAUAAAACGUUAAUGGAAAACUGUUUAGAAUUAUUUUGUCUGAGUAGAGUUGGCGUUUUUCGGAGAAAUUUUACUACUUUGCUCAGUUAAUCUCUAGGUUGUAAAAGGAUGAAGGAACUACAUAUUGCAAGUUGGGAGAUUAAUAACCUUGUGAUUAUGUUUCUUUCCCUUUUUUUAAUGUUGAUAUUUUUCUUUAAUUUCUAAAAAAUCUAGCCUAUUUAAUCAGCUCUUGGUAAGAUACUAUAUGUUUUUUACUAUCUCAUCCAGUGCUUAGAAGAGAGACUAAUUCCCAUUGCAUAUUUAUAGUGACUGCAUUAUAUUUAAAAGACCCUUUAAAUGAAAAAUUCUUACUACUAUAAGUUGAUGUAAAGUAAAAUGACACAAAUUUUUAUUUUACGUAGAAAUCAACUGUUGGAAUUUUUAAUUCCACAGGGCCUGAAUGUAGAUAGGUGCAGAUUAGGAUUGCAAGAUAUCAUUUGAUUAAAAAACAUUAAAGAAGGAAUCUCUGAGCAAAGGAUAAAAGAACAGCCUUUUCUAAAAAGAUACCUUGAAAAAGGCAAGUGAAUGGAAGCUAGUAAAGCCAAAAAAAAAAAAAAGUUGACUUAGAGAUUUAGAGAUUAUUAGAACCUAAUGAGGCAAUAUUAGAAUCUUAAGGUUGACGAAGAGUCCAACAGAAAAGGAAAAAAAAAAAGUUGUCACAUGCCAAGUGGCCAAUCCCUCUUGAAAUAGAGGUAGGUUCACUUGGUCUCUCCUAAGCAGAAGAGAAUGUCCGAGAUAUGAAAUAUUUUAAAAACCAGUGAAAAUCCAGUCCCAGCAUUGGGUUAAUCUGAGUGCUCGUGGAGUGUGUGGAAUGAGAAAGGACUCAACUAGCAGCAUUCAGAAGCAGUCCAGGUCUCUCCCUCAUGUAGGGAGAAGUUGCUUUUCCAUGUUGGGAAGCAGAUGGAAGGAGGCAUGACUUAGAAAUCAGUGGUGGAUUCCUCAAAAGGCUGGAUGCUGUUUAUCUCCAUAAUGUGGCCUUUUCCAGAUCUAUUGGACCCCUGCGCCUGCCCUUUAAAGCCCUGUGUAAUGUCCUCAAAAGUCCUGCCACGGGUCUCUGGGACUUUGAAGAAGGUGAAGACCAAGAAAAUAACGAGGAAGCCGGUGAAGACGAUGACAACAUAGGCUCCUAAAGAAUAUAGGCGAGGGGAAGAGCGGUCCAACCAAGAAGUUGGAGGUCCAGUUGGAACAACCAGCUGCUGCCAUUGCAGCUGGGUGGGGUCCCUGGCUGAAGAGUUCAGCCACAAUAAACCAGGGAGUGGGGCCUGUUCCAACUUCAAAGAAAGCCACCAAGAUCAAGAUAGCUGCAAUGCAGAUAUAGCUCAUCCCAUUAUAUUUGUUCCUUAAUAACAAAGAAACAGUCAUGAGGACGGGACAAAAAGCCAUCCCUCCAAGCCCUGUCAUAUGUAGAGUUCUUCCUGCCCUUUCCACCAGAAACAGAGAAACUACAGAGAAGAUACAGCCGCACCAAUGGUGGCAUAGGGCUGUACUUUGUAGGACAGCUGGAAUGGUGGUAAAACCCAAAGUACAGCCAGAAGUACAGUUUCAGACCCCAAAAUGACUUCCAGACCAAAGAUCCGGGCCACCAGAAUUCCAAUGAUGAUGCCCAGCUGAUUGAGAGUACCAAAGGCACCCCGUAGGGCAGUAGGCGAUAUCUCUCUGUUGUACAUGGGCACAAAACCUGUGCAGAGUCCACAGAAGAUGCAGCCCAGGGUCAGCAUAGCUAAUUCACAGAAUCCCAUAAGGCUGCCACCUAUGAUGACCACUAGGUUGACAAUAAGUAUUGAAUUGUGCCUGCCAAAGCGGUUGAUGAAGAAUUGAACAGAAAAGGAGCGAGUCAUACCACUAACAGAGAAUAGGCCACGGGCACCGACCAGAGGUCUGUGAGCAGCACCUCAGAGGGGAGAGUCCUUUGACCUCUCUUUCAUAGUGUGAUUCAGGAAGUUUUUAAUGAUAUUCUCAGGAGCAUUGAUGACUCUAGUGUUGUAGCCCAAUUGGAAAGAGCCUAUUGUAGCAGCGGCAAUUACAAAGAUCAGAGAUGGGGUGACCUUCUGUGUACCCAUGGCCCUAAACUAAUCCUUUUCAAAUCUUCAAGAAAGAUCUAGGAGUGGGUUUCCAGGAACACAUCGUCCAGCCAGCAAAACCUUCAAAAUGUCAUUCUCGGCAGCAAGUUUCCGCAGCGGUGCUCUGUGGUUCUCACUCACAGCUUGUGGAAAGUGGUGAUGAAGUCGUGUCUUCUUUCUGCCAGGUGACACUGGAGAAGAGAUUUUAAUUAAGUUUUGAAAUUAGAUUGGUCCUUCAAAAGUCCGUAUCUAAAUGAAGAAUGUAUCUGAUGUCACCAUGUUGAUGAAUGCUGUGGGUAUUAAUACUGAUGUCGUCAGUUAAGGCUAGAUUCAGUGUAGUCAAAAUUUACUUUGAACAUCAUUUAAAUCAUGUAUAAGUUCAGUAUGAUAUUGAUCUGUGUGUCCCACCUCACCAGUCUCUCUGUCAUUGGUGGAAGAGGGCAUGUUUUGAGCAUCAGAGGAAGAAUACUGUAAAUGAAAACUUGAAAAUAUACCUGAAAACUACAGAUAAUAAAUAUCUACAUUCUCUCUGA